AACUGCGGCCGGGCUCCUCGUACUCCAAGACCCUCGAAGUGCCACGUAUGAAGCCAGUCCCACUCUCCUCUAGUCUUUGAUCAGAUUUCAGCUCUGUGCAGAAGCGGAAGCAGGGAGCUCGGCUUUCCGUCGGCAUCCACACACACUUGCUGCAGAUCGCGAAUCUGUGCGGGAUUCCCUAACGCCAAAGCGCUUUUCGCGGAGAAGAUCGUGGCCCAGGCAAGAAUCAGUCGGGGGUGUGACGGGUAUCCGUAUAUCUCAGGCCGACAGACUGUCCAGAUUAACAUUUACCCAGUUAAAAUGAGAGAGAUAUGGCCCAGCGUAGUUUAUUUAGCACAGUUGAUAAGCAUUGUUGCUUGCAACGCACCGACGGUGCCGUUAGAUGACAUCGUGAUAGAAAAGACUUUCAUCCCGGAGCACUGCAACAGAGCUGUGAAAGCUGGGGACUUCGUCAGGUACCAUUACAUCGGCAUGUUUCCCGACGGGAGAAAGUUUGACUCCAGCUAUGACAAAGCCUCAACCUACAAUGUGUUUGUGGGCAGAAGGCAGUUGAUUGAGGGCAUGGACAAGGCUCUUCUGGACAUGUGUGUGAAUGAGAGGCGUCUGGUCAGGAUUCCACCACAGUUGGCCUACGGAAAGGAUGGAUAUGGUGACAUCAUCCCACCUGACUCUGUGCUGCAUUUCGAUGUACUUCUGCUGGAUAUCUGGAAUCCGCAGGACCAGGUCGAGGUGAAGACCUACUACAAGCCCGAGACGUGUACCCGGACUGUAGAUGUGUCCGACUUUGUGCGGUACCACUACAAUGGCACACUGCUGGACGGCACACUCUUCGACUCUAGUCACACCCGUCUGCGUACGUAUGAUACCUACGUGGGCAUUGGUUGGCUCAUUGCCGGCAUGGACAAGGGACUGCUGGGGAUGUGUGUGGGUGAGAAGCGCGUGAUCACCAUGCCUCCUUCCCUGGGCUACGGCGAGAAUGGAGAUGGCAGUGACAUCCCAGGCCAGGCCUCACUGGUCUUCGAUGUUGUUCUCCUGGACCUUCAUAACCCGAAGGAUGGCAUCAUGGUGCAGCCCCAAGUGGUACCUGAGAUAUGCCCUCGCAAGAGUCAAGAGGGCGACUACAUGAGGUACCACUACAAUGGCACCCUGUUGGAUGGUACCUUCUUUGACUCCAGCUACUCCCGGAACAGCACCUAUAAUACAUACAUUGGGAAAGGCUACGUGAUCGCAGGCAUGGAUGAGGGCCUGCUGGGUGUUUGCAUUGGGGAGAGGAGGAGAAUUACCAUCCCACCACAUCUGGCCUAUGGCGAAGAGGGAACAGGCACCAGUAUUCCUGGUUCAGCAGUGCUGGUGUUUGACGUCCUUGUGGUGGACUUCCACAACCCCUCAGAUACAGUGCAAAUCACUACCAGUUUCAGGCCCGACGUCUGUGAUACACGUAGUAAGAAGGGCGACUUUGUCAAGUACCACUACAAUGCCAGCCUGAUGGAUGGCACCUUCAUCGACUCCACGUAUCGCUAUGAGAAGACUUACAACAUAGUCCUGGGUGCAGGGCAAGUAGUUCUGGGGAUGGAGAUGGGCCUGCAGGACAUGUGUGUGGGUGAGAAGCGCACACUGGUCAUCCCACCUCAUCUGGCCUAUGGCGAGAGGGGAGUCGAUGGGGAGGUCCCAAGCAGCGCUGUGCUGGCAUUCGACAUCGAGCUGAUCGACAUGGAAGAGGGGCUUCCCGAGGGUUACAUGUUUGUGUGGAAGGAGAACAUCUCCCCCAGUCUUUUUGAAGACAUGGAUAAGAAUAAGGAUGCUAGAGUGGAACCAACAGAGUUCUCGGACUACAUCCUGCAGCAGGUAAAUGAGGGUAAAGGUCGCCUUGCUCCCGGCUUCGACCCACACAGCAUAAUCGAGAACAUGUUCACCAACCAGGAUCGCAAUGGUGAUGGCAAAAUUACAGAGAAUGAAUUCAAACUGAAGGCAGAUGAGUUACAAGAGCAUGAUGAACUUUAGGCCGCGACCAGGGUCCUGAAGCCACCAUUUUUACAAGCCACAGCCAUGCUGAGUAAAUUUUCCAUCCUUCCGGGAUGCACAGGUAACACAGGAGGCUGAACGGACAGUACAAAGAAUGUUUUCCGUGUCAGUCAAUUUUUUUAAAACUUUUUCUUUUGUCUCCCCCCAAUGUUUUACGAGGUAUUUUAUCUGCAUUGAAUCAACAGUACACACAGGUUACUCAUACCUAGCUGGUCUAAACAAAAAGUUUUACGUAUGUAAAUAGGAUCUUUUUGUAUUUUUCUGUUGAGGUUGAUAUUUUUGUGGAUACCUUGCUGAACUAUGAACUACGCAUAACAUUCUGGAACAUUCAAAGGCACACUACCAUGGUUAGUGGCCCCUGAGCUUUUUCAAAUUAUCAUAGCAGCCCCCCAGACUUUAGCCCGGGUGAGGCCGUGCCUUAAAGCACCCCCAGGAAUAUUUCAAGAUUAGCGUCUUGGCUGACAAUCUGACAUGCAAAGCCAGUUUGAAUAGUUUGUUUAAAAAUAUUGACUAGACAAUUACCUAGGGGCUACUUCAGGCGAUUCUUUUAAGUUGUUAAUUUGCAAGUGCGAUUAGAAGUGUGUGUGUGUUAAUUUUGGUGGUGGGGGGUUGCCUUCCUGGCUUUAAAGUUUAAUUCUUUUAUACAUUCUUUGUCCUUACCAUCUGUGGAAGUUUAAAUUUCAGAAGGACAAAAAGAAUUCAAAAUUGACACUCUGUAUCCGGAGAUGAUUUCCUUAUUGAAUUUCUCAUGCACGAGGAGGUCCCCCAGACAGUCACCUGCUUUGUAAACAUGGGGAGUGGGGUCUAAUGCAACCCCUGUCACUCAUUUCUCUCCUAACUCGCGUCACUAAAUCAGUUUUCAUUCCUCGAGCUCUAAAAAGUUGUUUCCAGUGCCAAUAUGACGUUUGUGAUUCUUAUAAAAACUGAAUUACAGGAAAUAUUUCUGUAUUUGUAUAAACAGGAAAAAUUAGGAACCGUCUGCUGACUCCUGGAUCAGCGUAAGCUCCAAGGCCAGACACUCUUGUGUUCUGCCCUCUGCGCACACUGCAGAUUCCUGCGAGGUUAGCUCGACCGUUACGGCGAAAUAGCCAAGUCACUUAUUUGUAUAGUGCAUUUAAGAACUGCAGGGGUUGGACCCAAGGUCCUUUCCAGUUGAUGGAAAAAUGGAUUAACAAGUAUUACAUAGAUACUAUAUAAUAUUAUAUUAUAUAGUAAUAUAUAAGAACAACAUGAAAAUAUGCAUACAAAAAAAAUAAGAAUUAGAUUUAAAAAAUAAUGAAAUGUAACAACAAAGAGAAAAAACCGUAAAAGGGCAAUUAAAAAUGAGUAUUAUUAACGUGAAUUUAGAGUAAAUUAAGGGUGGACUUGGCAGAAUGGGAGAAGCGGUGAAAGCAAGAGAGAUACAUCAUCAAUAGCAGAGCAGGACUUUAUAGUAGGAUGGGGGGGGGGGUGCAGAGAGAGCCUGGUCACCUUGUGAGGGUUAGGGUAAGUGGCCGGGGGACAGAAUGUGGAAUUAGCAGGUCGGAGAUGUAUCAUGGGGCUAAAGCAUUGAGCACUUUUAAAAACAAAUAGCAGAAUUUAAAAACCAGCUCUGUAUUUGACAUUAUCCCAAUAGGUAAGCGAUUACAUGGUAAAUCCAGAAAAAGUUACUGAGUAAAAUGAUGUAAAAGCAUUUCUUUUAAUACAUGCAUAACUGAAUAUUGGUAUGGAUGUUAUUCCCCAGCCCACAGGACCAGGAAUACAUGCUUUUUACUGCUUAAUAUCUGCUCUGAUGCUGAUGGAUUUUCCCGUCUCUUGCUACACCCACAAUGUUCUUUCCCCUAGUAUGCUGCUCCCACAGCUUACCCCAGUUCCUGCCCUGGGGAGGGACAUUCACAAAUACACAUGUAGGACAAGCCAAGGCCUGACCACAGUCCCAUCAUGCACUUCUUCUCCAGCAGGCCUUCUUUCCUGUUCUCCAGGUUUUGUACCACACAACACCUCGGACUAUUAUUUUCAAAAACCAGUUGAAACUUAAGCCAAAUCAAGGUUGAUUCAAGACUUUUACUGAGGCUAAGGGCAGUGAAAGAGUAGAGUCUUGACAACAAUGCUGCUGUGUACUCACUCACCUGGAGUGCAUGAUUUGCGCGUGAAAGAUAUGCUGCGUGAGCCCGGUGUGCUGAAUAUCACUAAAUGGACUGAAAAACAGUGUUCUCAUAUAGAAGUAAAUUAUAUGCGUUGACUUACCCAUUUUUUACCAGUGUGUAUGUGGUUUUAAUAAAUAAAUGAUUGUGGCUCUGAA